GCUUAACCAAGUGUGAAUCGUUUCAGUCAUUAACUACCGGUUGAUCGGAAAGGUCCGACUCAAUAUUGUUUUUCUUUUUAUUUUUUCUUAAUUAAAAUUCACGAUCCAGUGGCUGAACUCGCGAAAAAUUUUAUCGCGUAAAUUUUCCCGUAUACGUGUUUAUUGUAAACGUGAAAUUAGCCUCGGACACGUCGCAUCGAUUUUUACAAGUGUCAAUAUCCCCAAUAGUUUGAACGCAGUGUACACAACUAAAAAAACGAGAUUGACGUUUGCUUCAUUAGAACAACGAAGAUGAAUAAAUAUGAGAGGUCUAGGUCAACGAUACCUCUUAGAUUAGACCCGUUCGAAGAAGGUAUACGCCCGAGGGAUUGGCAGCCACGUCGUACUGGUUUCAAAGGCCCAUUAAAAUUUCUCCGACUCUGCGUACUCGGAGUACUUUUACCAAUUUUGUGCGUUGCCAUACCAGUUUAUCUAAGAUUUCGAUGCUUUUCCGAGCAGCUAUAUCCAUUGGCUAUUUCCGAUCAGAGGCUGAUCGAUAGUAAGAUAUCAACAGUAUGGUGUCAGAAACAAAUUAUCAAGGGCAACGCCACCUUCAAUGCCUACCUGAUGCAAAAUUUGCCAAAAAUCAAGAGCGACGUGACGCCCGUGUCGAUGACGCGCCACCUCGUUCUCGAAGACGACAUGAAGGAGUAUUGGGGAUUUUAUCUGCUACGGGGCAGCAGCGUUACCGUGUCGACUUGUGUAAGAUGGCCCGGCGCCUCGCUGACGAUGAUCCGCGGCCACAAGCAUCUUCACGAGUGCGCGUUCAUCGGGGACGACAGCAGCGAGGAGCUCGAGGAGCUCGUGGAACUGGCCCAAGAACAAGGCAUCCUGCAAAAGUUUAACGAAUCCAUCGCGGACAUUAGCGGUGUGAGCAACGAACCCGCCCUCAUGAAACGAGUUCGUCAGGGCAUCUCGUUUCACCACGAGCACAACGGCAGCAGCAGCAACAGCAGUAACAACCAUCAUCGACCGCAAUUUCCGAGUCAGCACACGAGCCACGAGCUCGACGCCAAGGAUAUGCGCGCCAUAUUGACGCAACUCUUUCUCAAGACCCUCGACAUGAAGCGACGCCAGAAGGAGAGCAGCAACGCCUCGACCACCCAUCACCAUUACGAGGGCGUUUUCAAAGAAGCCGCGAACAUCGACAAACCUCCUGCCUUCGACGAGCAGGAAUUCAUCAGGCAGGAAUUGUUAUCCUUGAAAGACGAAUCUGUAAUUUCGAAAGACGACGCGACAACCAGUACUACGACUACAGCUAAAACGAACGAAGACGAAGGGAUUACGAAAGUCGACGCUUUGCUGAAGGAAUUGAAGGCGGAACCUUCGUCGGAGGAACUUUACGAGGACACGCUGAAGAAGAUACAGGCACUGGGCGAGCGUGGGAAAAAAGUCCUCGACAGACUGGUGCACGAGAUCAAGCGGGAGGAUCCGCGGAGCGAGGAGGCCGUGCGUCGAACGGUCGACGAGGUCGCCACCAAAGAGGAGCAGCGUCGGCGAAAGAGAGAGACAAUCUUAUCGUCGCCUCUUGCCGCUGAAUUGACGGAAGACGACCAAGACGGCGAUGCGGCCAUCGAAGAGGGCGUGCUGCAUCCCGACGGAAUAGCCGAGGAUCGCGGCACCGUCAACGAGACCACCCUCAACGACAUGAGCAAGUCCGAGUUCUGGAGCUCGUUCAGCAGCUCGGAGGAGCGACUGCUCGAGUGCAAGGGUCUCAUACUGAAUCUGCCUCUGACGCCCCAUCGCUUCUGCGAGGCCCGACACGAGCCGCGUCACGCCGACGCCUCCGUGGCCAACACCGUGACCUAUCGCGUGCCCAGCGACGGCUACUACUUCUUCGUGUUCAGCUCGGAGAACGAGAUCCAGCCGAAUUAUCUGCGCACCAAGUUCGAGCUGUUGAGGACCAGGUACAACGUGUCGAAUCCGCUGCGCGAGUGCAGAAACAGGACGGGCCCGGGAGCCGAGUGCUCGCUGCCCAUGAGUUUUUGGAGCAGCGAGCGCACCGUGCUGGAGCUGCCGGUGGGCAGCAACGACUCCCAGUGGAACGAGGAGUACAUCGUCGUGUCGACCUGCGAGCCAAGGACGGCCGUCUAUCUCGUCUGCACGAUGGCGGUGCCGCUGCUCAUACUGGCCGUCGCCUUUUAUUAGCUUACUUUUACGCGUGUGUACCGAGUAUGAUCAAACUUACACGAUUACUCCUAUUUGCAAGACUGAUGAUAUGUUUUUUUAACACUUUGCUCGACGAUUCGACGCCAAAUCCUGUGUCCAAAUAAAACAUGUUCCAAGUAUUAAGGAUCAAAGUAGUAUGAAUGUGAUCAUAUAUGUCUCCUUACUUAUAAAUAGAUUUUUAUUAGUUCAAAUGUUACUCGUACGUUUUUACGAUAAUAGGAAGAAAUCUAAGAUUUUUCUUUAUUUUAAAACUUCGACUUUUAGUCUGAAUAAUAGCUGCUCUUACGCAGUGUCUGCAAAUCGAGUAUUAUGUUUAUUAUUCUAAGUAGAGUUAGGUAUUUUUACUCACUUUUUAGCUAAUGUAAGGUAAAUUUUAUAUAUUUGUAUACAAUUUAAUUGAGUCGAAUUAAAUGUUUCAAGCAAAAGUAAU